CCCCGCGCGGCCGGAGGUAAAUCUUCCCCAUCGCUCUUACCUGCCCAGGUCGCGGGGCCGCGAGACCGCGGGAAGGACUCCCGGCAGAGUCCGGAGCGGGGCGAAGAUGGAGUCAGUGGUCUUUGAGGAUGUGGCUGUGGACUUCACCCCAGAGGAGUGGGCUUUGUUGGAUCCGGCUCAGAGGAAUCUCUACAGAGAUGUGAUGCUGGAGACCUUCAGGAACCUGGCCUCAGUGGGAGAAAACUGGAAAUGCCGUAGCAUUGAAGAUCAGCACAAGAACCAGGGAACAUAUCUGAGAUGGUGUGUGGUGGAGAUACCCUCAGAAAAUAAUGAAAGUAGUCAAUGUGGAGAAACCAACCAGAUUUCCAAGCUUAUUGUACAUAAGAGACUUUCUACUGGAGUAAAAUCCUAUGAAUACAGUAAGUUUGAAAAACCCAUCAUGGAUUCUUCAUCCCUCAAGAGUCCCAUAGCAUCAUCUCAACAUGGACAAAAACCCUAUCAAUGUAAGGAAUGUGGGAGAACUUUUAUUUCUUACUCAUCCUUUGGGGCACACAUAAGAGCUCACACUGAAGAGAAACCCUAUGCAUGUAAAGAAUGUGGAAAAGCCUUUAUAUAUUUCUCCAAACUUAGAGUCCAUAUAAGAACUCACACUGGAGAGAAGCCUUAUGAAUGUGAAAAAUGUGGGAAAACCUUCAGAUCUCCCUCAAACCUUUGGACACAUAGAGAAACUCAUACUGUUGAGAAACCCUAUGCUUGUAAAGAAUGUGAGAAAUCCUUCUCUUCUCCCUCUUCUCUUAGAAAACAUGUGAAGGUUCACAGUGCAGAAAAAGCCUAUGAAUGUAAGGAAUGUGGAAAAGCCUUCCUUCAUUCUUUUUACCUGAUCAUACAUGCAAGGAUGCACACUGGAGAGAAAGCCUAUAGAUGUGUGGAAUGUGGGAAAGCCUACAGCUGGCCCUCAGACCUUAGGAUUCACAUAAGGACACACUCUGGAGAAAAGCCUUAUGUAUGUAAACAGUGUGGAAAAUCUUUCAGUUCUCCUUCAUCCUUUAAGGGACAUUUGCGAACUCACACUGGAGAGAAACCUUACGCAUGUAACAAAUGUGAGAAAGCCUUCAGUAGUCCUUCAUACUUUAGAACACAUGUGCGAAUUCAUACUGGAGAGAAACCCUAUGUGUGUAAGCAAUGUGGGAAAGCUUUCAGUUGGUCAUCAUCUUUUCGAGGACAUUUGAGAACUCACAGUAGAGAGAAACCGUAUGAAUGUAAGCAAUGUGGUAAAGUCUUCAGUAGGCUUUCAUCCUUACAAAGACAUGUGAGAAUUCACACUGGGGAGAAACUCUGA